AACAAGAGGGAGAACGAGACCACGAGAGAGAGAGAGAGUUAGAGAGAGACGCAGAAGCAGAGAGAGAGCAAGAGCGAGAGAGCGAGAGAGAGAGAGAGAGAGAGAGAGAGAGAGAGAUAAUGCUAAUGUGGUCAGUCGGGUGCUGCUGAAGGACUGCAUUCCGGGCCUGGAAUUCCCGCAACGCUAAUCAUGCGGAGGUUCCUGUGGCUCGUCCUGCUGUUCCUGGGCCUGGUGUGUGUGGCUGCCAGGCUGAAGGACCCCUACAGCAUCCUUGGGGUCCAGAAGAAGGCCGAGGGACAGGAGAUCAAGAAAGCCUAUAAGAAAUUGGCCAAGUUAUGGCAUCCAGAUAAGAAUGAAUCACCAGAUGCAGAGAAGAAAUUUAUUGAAAUCAAUCAAGCUUAUGAGCUGCUGAUGGACCCUGAGAGGAGGAGAUUAUUCGACACAACAGGUCAAACAGAGGAACAGCCAAACUUCCGCAAGCAGCAUGAUUACUCUUCGUAUAGACGAUUCGACCCAUUCGACGAUAUAUUUAGUAGUUUUGGCAGUGGUUUCAGAUUCAACUUCAAACAUGGAGAUGGAAUCAAUAUAUUUAAAAAACAGUCUAUUACAUUCAAGUCUUACCAAAAUUCGAUAGUCCUCCUCAGCAAGAAACAGCCAUACUUGAUACUCUUCUAUUCUGACUGGUGCUUAGCCUGCGCACACAUAGAACCAAUUUGGCGAAGAUUAUAUGAAGAAUUGGAGCCCAUUAAUUUUGGCAUGGCAACAGUUCAUGCAGGCCAUGAGACAGAACUGGCCAGAAAAAUAGGUGUUAAAACUGUGCCAUACCUCGUUAUGCUUCUUGAUGGUCACCCCUACCAUUAUACAGAACCAUCACUUAGUAUGGUAUCAUCCUUAGAUUUUAUACGAAGCAAAUCCCAUAAGUUAGUGCAGCGGAUAACAGAAGAAAAUCUUGAAACAUUCCUGAAUGGAUGGAUGGAUAAUAAGGUCCGAGUGCUGAUAUUUGGCCGUUUAGACAUCAUCAGACUACGGUACCUAACAGUCGGAUGGGAGUUUAGGGAGCGCGCAGUUAUUGGGUAUGUACAGAUGGACCGUGCGGACACAGACAGCAUUCGCACGCGUUUCAGCGUAUCCAACAAAGUGGAUACACUUUUGGUAUUCCAUGAGGACAUGCACGCUCCUGUUGCUUCUGCUGCCAUGACUGACCUUCCAUAUCCUACGAUGAAGGACAUUAUUGAAGGGAACAAAUUCCUGGUCCUGCCUCGUCUCUCUUCCCAGUCUGUCUUUGAUGCACUCUGCCCUGUGGAAAAUGUGCGAUCUCGCCGUCGUUUGUGUGUGGUUCUAGUGACCCAGGAUGACCCAGCUCAUGACCCCAGUAGAGCAGCGCUGCGUGAAUAUGCCUCUGGUGACCAGGCCAGAGAGAGGGACCGCGUUCGUUACACUUACAUCUUUAGAGAAAAGCAGGUGGAAUUCAUGAAUGCUCUUACAGCAGGCUCAGGUUCACCCGUUGAAACGAAUCACCACAUUGUCAUUCUGUGGAGGAAGGACCAGAAUCACCUGAAAUAUGAGUGGCUCGAAGGGGGCUGGGAGGUGGAGCCAGAGAAGCAUAACACAUCAAGGGAAGUAUUGAAAGAAACAGUGCAAAGAUUACUCCAUUCCAACCAACCAAUGACCUAUGAAACUGUUGUGCAGGAAUUGUUUGAUGAACAUGCACAGGGCAUUGUUUGGCGAAUCAUAAAUAAACUAGUUUCAGUCCAAGAUUAUUUGAGAGAUAACAUAACACAAGACGAUAUUGUACCAGCUGUGUCAAUCUUCUUUACUGUACUAUUUAUAGUGGCAGGAGGAUAUGUAAUGUCAUACUUGGUGAAACUGGAGGAGGAGAGAAUUUCUGGCUCACAGACUACCUUUGUGGAUCAGAAUGGUAAAAUCACGCCUAUACCUCAGCUGCGUAUCCAUGAACUGCGCGGGGAAACUUACAAUGGUCUUAUUCGCUUGUUGAAGCCAGGCUGUAGAACCAUUGUGGUCCUGUGUGACCCAAAGACUAAGCCCAAACUGAUGCCAAAAUUCCACAAAGCCUGUUGGCCGUACAGGAAGAACAAAACCCUCAUGUUUGCCUUCCUGAACAUUGAGAGAGCAUCAGCCAUGGAGUGGUAUAAACGCAUAUUGGUCUUAGGGCUUCCAGAACCCAGGGAUUUAAACAUUAAUCCCAAAAACACCAUUGGAACUGUGAUUGCUCUCAAUGGCCACAGGAAAUAUUACUGUCUGUACCAUGCUAAGCAUCCAGAGAGCAUAUUUGGGACUGCUCCAAGUCCUGGAGCACCGGAAACUGAAAACUUACGACGGAGACAUGGACAUUCGAGCAUCAGUGGCGACUUCAUGGGCUUCAGCGACAAUGAUUCCGAGUCGGACUCUGAUGUGGAGGCAGGAGAUGCUAGGAAGGAUUCUGUUGCAUCAGAUAAACCUUUACUCAAUUACUACAGUAAUAUACUCUUUGAGGACCAACUUCUUGAAGAUCUCAGUAACUGGUUGGAUCGCCUCUUUGAAGGAACAACUCAUCGUUACCACAUCAAUUACUGGCCAGAUUGGCCUGGCAAAUAAAUAUGCAUAUUGUGUAUGAUUGACUCUAGGGUUGUAAAUCACUAUUCAUAUAUUGUGCUAUAGUCCAGCUCUAUCCCAGAAUAUAAACAUUAUUAUAGAAUUAAGAGGAGAGAUGUUACCAAAAUAUUAUAACGUGAAAGGUUACUUUAAGUUUUCAUUCUAUCAGUGAAAGAAAUGUAAUGAUAAUGAAUAUAGGUAUUAAUUUCCUUUCAUGACUGUGGAAAUAAUCUUCUGUUAAAAGAUCUGGAUAACUCUUAAUGAUCUUUAGUAUUAGGAUCUGUGAAUUACAUUUUUUGUUUUCUUGUUUAAAAAAUGUUGCAUGUUCCAGUAUGUGUCAAGUAAAUACAUACUGGCAUUAUACCCAAUAAUUCCCUGAUAUAAUGUAGCUGCAUAUCUUGUUCUAAUGGAAGAUUUAGUGUUAAGAAAUGAGGUCAAGGCACCAGACAUUUUCAUGAGGAAUAAGAUGUUAUUCCUUCUUACUCACACUGCCUAAAUCUGCCUGAAACAGCAUCUCAUGAACACAAUGAUAAUCAGAACUGAGAUUCUCAAAAGGUCGUAAUGCCCAUACAUUUAUUUUUUCGUAUUUAGUACCAUAAAUAAGGAUGGGGACAUUUUCAAAGCAUUACUGAUUAAAUGUAGUUAAACUUUAAUAAAAACUACUUACAUUGGGUAAUACUACAUUGUCAAUGUACAGGAAGAAAGGCUAAUUUGUGGUGUAUGAUGAUGUAUGUUUUACAUGAUUAGAAAGUAUUACAAGGUAAAUGUGUUUAGAACUACUUGUAUGCACAUCAGGGUAAUGAUAAAUUUUGUUUACUUAAGGUCACAUAAAGGGGCUUUCAGAGGUCCAUGCAUUGAUGUACAAUGUACAGUACAGUUUUACUAAAGUUUUAAAAAUAUAAUUCACAUUUGUCGUAGAAGCAACUAAGUUUUAUGUGGAGUACUCUUCACAUAAGCAUUUUUAUAUUAUAGUACUCUACAUAGAAAUUUGACUGUUCUAUUAUUGGAGGUCACAGAGUUUGAGCUUUGUUUAAGUGUACAGUAUUACGAUAUUUUGAAAAAAACAGGCACUGCUUAUAUGCUCAUACCUGAAGUUUGUUGUACUAGUCAUAUGUUUUGUUCACAACCGGGUAGUAUGAUGAUAGCUGAACAUAGCUUAUGGUUUUAAAACUAAAUAUUCAGCAGUUCCUCCUCAUACUGUUCAAUAGUAGGCAGAUGUAAAUAUGCAUGCAAGUAUUUUUAUUUUUUGUUCUUAGCAGACUAAUUUGCACUACACAUUCUAUCUCACACAUUCAUCUUUUCCCCAUUUGCUCACUAAACCUCAAUGUUCACACGUUUGCAAUCCAAUUUUUAUUUUUUUGGUGUAACAUGUAUGUAAGAACAAUACUGUCCUUUAUAUAUAUGAUGUUCUUGAAAUAAGUAUUUGUAAUUGUGAUUCACAGGCUAAGAGUGUGGUUUUAUGAAAAAAGAUUUUUAAAAAAUGUCAGGAAAAAAAAAUGUCCAAGAGGCAGUAAGCACACACAAAUUUAACAACUUCAGCUUUGCUUACUCAUUAUAGUCAUAGUUGUAGAUUCAGAUAUAAAAAACAUAUACUGUAGAUAUCACAGGAUGAAGUGCAUAUGUAAUAAGAAAUGUGGAGAGUAGUUGUAGCAAUGAAUCUAAGAUUGACUCUGGAGUUAAUCCUUCCAUUAUUUCAUAUGAAAUGCAAGAUCUACAUGGCAUUAUUAUUUUUCUAUUUUGUUGUAUAUUAAAUAAUAUUUGCAGACUAAUUUAGCAUUGCCCUGGUUCAUAAAACACUUAAUGAAUAACCUUAUCAAGUUCUAUUUCCUUCUCCAUUUGAGUAAUUUUGUGCCAUAAAUAAAUUAGUAAGGCCCUGUCCACACAACGGGUAGUGCAAACAUGGGUAAAACUGUUACCACAUAGGAUGGUUGGUGGGAAUGAGUACUGAUUAUAUUACAAGCAGACACACAUCAUGCUCAAAUCUAGGAACAUAGUGCUGCCAGAUUUAAGGGAUUCCAAGACACUUCAAACAUGUCUGCUAGAGGGCACACUCAUUUUUUGUCAAGAGUCGGACCAAGACUAGGCAGUCGAGGGCAAGAUUUAGUGUUAGAGUACCUCAAGAAUAGGCACAGCUAAAAUAAUGGAUUGCCUAUGGUUUCUCACUUACGACUUCAUCUGUGAUUGUAAUUUUGUAACUGUAUGCGCCCACACAGCCACUCUCUCUCGUGUGGAUGGGGCCUAAGCAUAGUAUGUAAGGAAAGUGUGAUUUGAGUGAGAAAUUGGCAGACAGGGAAAAGGAAUCAUUAUUUAUGUGAACUGCAAAUAAAAAUGCCCCAUUUC